CCCCGAUCGCCAUGCAGUUCCACGCAAACGGUUGCGCCGCCGUUCCGUUUUCAGUCGCAACGCAAGUGCCACACUUUGCGGGCUGCAAUCGAUCGAACUAAGUGCACGUUUGGAGGAGUGUUUCGUUUGUUUGAGUUGUAAUUUUAAGUUGGUUUUUUGUGUUGUUUGGAGCUUUUAGUUCCUGUAGCCAAAACACAAUGUCCACUUCCGUUCGAGCCAGCGCUUCCUGCUGGUGGGCAGUGAUCUGUCUUUUGCUGCUGGUUGUCGGAUGCGUCCUAUCCAUGCCCGCGCAAGAGGAUACCCGGGUGGACAAACCGCUCGGCGGAGUGCCGGACGCUGGCAGUGUGCAUGAGGAGGUCGUCGUUGCAGCCGCACUGUACGUGCGCAAGAAGGAUCCUACCACGCUGCGACGGCAGAAGCGUGAAAUACGGAACAAUCACGUAACGGUUCAGCACGGCACGUCACACACGAACCGGUUCGAUGGGGCAGGCACUGGCAAAAGGGAACCGUUUUUGGGCAAGCAGCACGAAAAGGUGCUGACCAACUGGAAGAACGACAACGGGGCGGCGUCAUCAAAAGUGGGCCUCCGCAAGGAGUAGGCAGUGUGUGUGUGUAAGGGGAGAAGAAAGUUGUUAAGUUGGGUUUUACUUGUUAUUAUUGUUGUUUCUUUUGCCAUCAAUCAUUCCGAUCAAGCUCGCACGCAAAUCAAUCAAGUCAUAGAUUAUUGCAAAACAGUAAACCUUUGACUAGUUUCCCAGGUUUUUGUGAGGUCCGUUACCAGUGGAUCAAGCGACGAACAACUCUUUCAUGUCGAACCGACACAAUGAAUUUCCCGUUUAUUUGCACGAGACAGAAAGAGAGAGAGAUGAAAGAUAGUUCGUUGCUGUAUGUAAAUUAGAACGAACGUAGUGUAAUAGAGCGUAAGGUAUAUGUAGCUACAUGGGGUAGAAUUAUACUUCGCAAAAAAAGGUUUAAUAAACUUGAGUUGUACUGAACGAUCA